AUGCAAGCUGGACCUAGUAAUCAACGCCCUACGGUGCACUGGUGCCGAAAGCCCAAUGUUCCCGACGAAGUCUCGGACGAAUCCGACGUCUCUACCGACGUCGAGGAGGAUGAAGAGGGCGCGGACCUCACGCCUGCGCUAGACGCCGCUAUCCUUCGGACACUAGGAAAGAUCCGACGGGGAGAGGGCGUAUAUGAAGGCGAGAAUGUGCUCGAGACAGAGCUGGAGCAGGCUACGGCCGAGGCGCUUCGUCGAGGCGUCAAGGCGCCGACGUCUAGACCGUGGGAGGCCAAGCCGUACCUCCUGUCAGAUCACCACCGGGCGGCUCUCCUCGAAGGACGAGUAGACGAAGAGGCGGAGGAAGAGGAGAAUCGAUGGCGGCCUAUCCCGUAUGCGCAGGAACAGCGGAGAUUGCGCAAAGAGGCAAUCGAGGCGUUUCACGCGGACGAUGAAGAGGAUGAGGGGGAGUUUGUGCCUGUAAAGAAGGAUCAGGCGGACGUGGAGAAGGAGGAUGAUGGGUACAGUCAGUUCCUCUUGGAGAUGGGAGGCGGAGAGGAGGAGGUUAGGAGAUUGCUGGGAAUGGGGGAUCAGGCGGUUUCGUUUGUCAGGGCGGACGAGGAUGAGGCAUCCGGAGAGGAGCAGGUGGAGGGGGAGAAGAAGGUCAAGAAGGAGAGUGAGAAGAAGCGGCAGAAACGAAUGCAGAAGAAGGCCAAGGCGGAUGAUGAGUUUUUGAUGAACUUCAUUCUGAAUCGAGGAUGGGUCGACAAGGCCGACGGAGGGGAUCACAACUAUGCGGAUAUGGCGCUGGACCCGCCACGAGCUGUCCGGGCCAAGACGGAAGAGUCAGAGGAGGCGGAGUCUGCGGCUGGACCUAGUCAUCCCUGGGGUCUGCUAGAUGAGGACGAGUUUGACGAGAAGGCUGAGGAGUUUGAGACAGAGUAUAAUUUCCGCUUCGAAGAGCCUGGAGCAGCCGAGAUCAUGUCCCAUCCACGUCAGAUCGACUCGCUCGUCCGCAGACCGGACGACGCCCGUAAGAUCAAGCGUCAAGCCCGAGCGGAACGGAAAGCCGCCGCCGAGGCUGCGCGGGAAGAAGAGGCGCGCAAGACCAAAGGGAAGAAGAGGAGGGAGAUGGACACCCAGCUGGCGGCGCUGAGGAAGGAGGUCGGGGAGAAGGAAUGGGCGAAAGUCGAAGAGGUGCUAGAGGGGGAGUUUGAUGAGGAUACGUGGGAGAGAGUGGUGGGCGGGUUGUUGAGUGGGGAUCUGGGCGGGGAGGGGGACGAUGAUGAUGAAAAGCCGACGUGGGAUGACGAUGAUGAGGAUGUGCAGUAUGGAGGAGAUGAACAGGAUGAAGAUGAGGGGUACGAAGAAGAGGUGGAGGAUGAGUUGGAGGACGAUGGACCGGUCAACAUGGAUGCCGACUUUAUCGGUCUCGAGCCCGAAACCAAGAAGCGGUCCAAGAAGGACAAGAAGGGCAAGGGGAAGAAGGACAAGGAUGUCCAGGAUGAGGAAGAAGGCUUGACAGUCGAGCAACGCGCGGAAAAGCUCAAGCGGGCGAUGGAAGAGUACAAAGCUCUAGACCACGAGGAUAUGAUUGGCGACCUCCCCACUCGAUUCCACUACACCACGUCCGCACCCCUCGCAUACGGCCUCUCACCCGCCGAAAUCCUCCUCGCGACCGACGCCGAGUUGAACCAAAUCAUGUCGGUCAAGCAUCUCGCGCCAUAUCGGUCCUCCGGCCUCGGCGCGGCGAGCAAGGGGCUGGGCAAGAGGGUGAAGGAUUUGCAGAGUCAGUUGAAGGAGCGGAGGUGGGGUGAGGAGUAUACUCCUGCCAAAGAGGAGAAAGUGGGCGGUGGAAGGGAGAGAGAUCAGGGGUGGCCGAAAGUUGGCGGUGGUGGAGAGGCGGCGCCCAAGAAGAAGAGGAUGGGGAAGAAUGAGAGGAAGAGGAAGGCGGCGGUAGCUGGGGAAGGAGAGGGUGCGGUUGGGGGAGCUGCGCCUUCGAAUGCUCCUGCGGUGACGGUGGCAGCAGGGAGUGGGGAGGUGCCGAAGAAGAAGAGGAGAAAGAACAAGCAUGGCGCGGCGGUAGCGUAG